UGAGUGGCCUGCUCUAACUUCCACCGCCUUGACUGCCCUGUCUCUGACUGCCCUGUCUCUGACUGCCCUGUCUCAUGUUAUCACCGCCUUAACUCCCCUGGCCCCCCUGCCUCAGACGAGGCGACUGAGUCAGUCUCCAUGCUAUAUAAAGCCUUGUUCUGGUCUCAAUAACUGCUCCCCAUCGUCUGAAUAGCUGCCUAACUCAAGAAUGGUCAAGGUCAUCGUCGGAACCAUGGGCAGGAGCCCGUUUGCCAAGACAGAAGCAAUGUCGACCCCGGCGCAGUUCAAGGCCUUCCUUGGCGCCUGCCAGAGCUACGGCGUCAAGGAGCUCGACACGGCGCGCGUGUACAGCGCCGGCGAAAACGAACGGCUGCUGGGCGAGGUGAAUGCCGGAAAGCAGUUCCAGGUCAGCACAAAGAUCAACAUCACCGGCGAGGGCGCCCUGAAGCGCGACAGCAUCCUCCGGAGCGCCGACGAGAGCCUCGCGUCGCUGAGGGAGCAGGCCGUCGACAUCUUCUAUAUACACCGGCCCGACCGCUCGGUGGCGAUGGAGGAGACGUGCAGCGCCAUCAACGACCUCUACCAGCAGGGCAAGUUCAAGCGCUUUGGCAUCUGCAGCUACGCAGCCAGCGAGGUAGAGGAGAUGCACGCGCUGUGCAAGGCCAAGGGCUACGUACUGCCAAGCGUCUACCAGGGCAACUACAACCCGCUGGCGCGCCGGCCCGAGACGGAGCUGUUCCCCACGCUGCGCAGGCUCGGCAUUCACUUCUACGGCUUUGGUCCCUUGGCCGGCGGGCUCCUGGCCAAGCCCGCCCAGGACAUCUCCGUGUCCAACAAGGAGUCGCGCUUCGGCGCGCUGCCCAUGCUCGGCAGCUUCUACCUCAAGGACGACAUCGUGUCGCAGGUCCGGAAGCUGCAGGACCUCUGCCGCUCGCACGGUGUCUCGUCCAUGGACGCGACGCUGCGCUGGCUGAUGCACCACUCGCCGCUGGGGCCCGACGACGGCGUGCUGCUGGGCGCCUCGUCCGUCGAGCAGGUGCAGGGCAACCUCAAGGCCACACAGGGCGGGCCGCUGAGCGAGGACCUCGUCGGCGCGUUUGAGGACUUGUGGAAGAGCGUCGAGGCCAUUGCUCCUCCCUAUCAUCAGUAGUGGGCCGUCAUUAGCAGCGUGCCAUCACCUAUAGUUGGCCAUCACCAGUAGCAGCUCAUCACUGUUGGCCAUCACGAGUAACAGCUCAUCACUAUUGGCCAUCACCAGUAGCAGCUCAUCACUAGUAGCAGAACACCAGUAGCAGGCCCAUCACUCGGCUGUGUGAUUCUUACAUAAUAGUCUAUCCGUGCACACUCCCAACUUGAU